UUUGUGUUUAGACAUGUUUGCAAAAGAAAUAAGGGUCUACACCAAGCACUUGUACUGUACCACUUGCCAUAAACACAUCACAUUUCCAGUAACUGAGCAGGUUACUACUAUAGAGUUUUCCCUCCUGCAAGAGAAGCUGCAUUUCCCACUGUCUACUUCAUUAAAAAUGGACCUAUUGAAAGCUCUUCAGUCCCAUAGGAACUGAUGCAAAUGGUUGAGUGGUAGCCACAAAAAGGUGGCUUUUGUGUUUUGCAUGGUUGUAGUCAUUUCUGAGAACUAUAUAUAGAUGCUAAAAAAAUUGCUUGUCUGGAGUUGAAUUUUAAGAGCAGAAUAAAACAAGACAGCAUUAUUGGAUAUUAAGCAGUGCUAUGGUACAUGUGCCACAGGCAGAACACUCUGUGAGACUACAGAACUUUUUUUGCAGACCACAGUCUAUUCCGCAACCCAUCUGAUUGCAGUCCUACAGUCUACAUGCUCUCUUUUAGCAAGUCUAUCCUCAACAUGGUGAGGGAAGCCAUCUUGGAUGAGGAAAGGAGAGGGACAGCAGAUCUCAGAUGUACUGGUGACAUUCAGAAGCAAGUGAGGAGACUUCUGAAAUGAAUAAAUAUGACCAUGGCUAUUACACUUUCCCACUGCAGCUUGUUGGGUAGUAGGUUGAAAAUUUUUAUUUGGGGGGUUGAAGAUAUUUAUUUGGGGGAAUAAAUUAUGUAAGUUAGGCUAAAAAGUUUAGGAUAAGGUUUGAACCCUUUUUGUAGGAACUCAAGCCACAUCCCCCUCUGCUUCCAACCCUCAAGAUAAUGCAUCUUCUUUAGUUCCAGGAAACAGAGUUGAUGGGGCAGGUAUGUCAGUUAUAAGGAACAGCAAAGAGCCAGCUUCUCUGCUUGGUAGGAUUUGAAGCCAGCCAUGCCAGUUAAAGAUGUGACCUAGCAUAUCUAAACAAAGAGCUUGUAGGCUUUUUGUUCCCUCCCCACCUGAGGCUACCUCAGCUCCCUACACCAUACUUCAAGGUAGGGACCAGAUUGUGCUGGGAUUACCUGCUCCAGCAGCACAUCUGUUAUCCAAGUGGCCACCAGCUGUCUGCAGCCAAUGCUGGAGCCCUGGGACCUGCAAGGUCCCCUUCCAGCUGAAAACCUGAGGUUUGUUUCUACCCUACUAACCCUCUGCAUGCUUCUCCCUGGUGCUUGUGGUCACCAGUCACUGGCUCCUCAGAAGAUGGUGUGUCGCAAGCAGAGGGCAGGAGCUUCCCGGUAUCGCUCACCAUGCCCUGGAGGCAGCCAUCUGUCAGCAAAACAGGAAGGCACAGGUUCCCUUUCCCUCCUGGGCUCGUUUCGCUCUUUUUCAGGACCGGUACUUCUCCCCUGCUCAGUGCUGGGCUGGUGUGGUCUGAAGGAAGGGCUCCUGGGCGAGCAAGGGGCCAAAGCCUGAAGCUGCGGCUCUGCCCAUCUGCUGCGGCUGGAGGUGUAUUCAUUAUUAAUGGAGGUAGUGGCGGUUGCUGCUCAGCUAUGCAGCCCUGCCUGGAUAACUUGGGGAAAAUGGAAACAGAUGAGGCUCAAGAUAUGUCCCAGGUUUCAGGAAAGGAAAGUCCUCCAGUUAGUGAUGUGCCAGAUGAUGCAGAUGAACCUAUGCCUGUACCAGAGGACCUUUCAACUAGUACUGGAGGACAACAGAGUGCCAAGAAUGAGAGAUUCUUGGCUGUAUACGGGGCAGAAGGCUUUAGGGACUUUCAUGCAAUAAUUCCCAAAUCUUUUUCCCCCGGUAAUAUUAAAAUAGAGACUCAGAGUGAUGAAGAGAAUGGGCGUGCCUGUGAAAUGAAUGGGGAAGAAUGUGCGGAGGAUUUACGAAUGCUUGAUACCUCUGGAGAGAAAAUGAAUGGCUCACACAAUGGCCCAGGCAGCAAGGCUAUGUCAGGAGUUGGAGGCAUUCGACUUCCUAAUGGAAAGCUAAAAUGUGAUAUCUGUGGGAUAAUUUGCAUCGGUCCCAAUGUGCUCAUGGUUCACAAACGAAGCCACACUGGAGAGCGCCCUUUCCAGUGCAAUCAGUGCGGAGCCUCCUUUACGCAGAAGGGCAACCUUCUGCGCCACAUAAAGUUGCAUUCUGGUGAAAAGCCCUUCAAGUGUCACCUGUGUAACUACGCCUGCCGUCGCAGGGAUGCCCUUACGGGACACCUGAGGACUCACUCGGUUGGCAAACCUCAUAAAUGUGGAUACUGUGGUCGCAGCUAUAAGCAGCGCAGUUCUUUGGAAGAACAUAAAGAACGCUGUCAUAACUACCUGCAAACCAUGAAUAUCUCAAGCAGCCUUUAUUCAGUCAUAAAAGAGGAUACUAACCAGAGUGAAAUGGCUGAAGACCUGUGCAAGAUAGGGUCAGAAAGAUCCCUCGUGCUGGAUAGACUAGCAAGUAACGUCGCCAGACGUAAGAGCUCUAUGCCUCAGAAAUUUGUUGGUGAGAAAUGUCUGCCUGAUCUUCCAUACGAUGCCACCACCAACUAUGAGAAGGAGAAUGAGAUUAUGCAGACGCACGUUAUAGACCAGGCCAUUAAUAAUGCCAUCAGUUACCUGGGGGCAGAGUCUUUGCGUCCCCUUGUCCAGACACCACCAGGUAGUUCUGAAAUGGUGCCCGUUAUCAGCCCCAUGUAUCAGCUCCACAAACCUCUUGGGGACAAUCAGGCUCGCUCCAACCAUGCAUCUCAGGACAGCGCAGUAGAAAACUUGUUGCUGCUUUCCAAAGCCAAAUCUGUCUCCUCUGAAAGAGAUGCCUCGCCCAGCAACAGCUGCCAAGACUCAACAGAUACAGAGAGCAAUAAUGAGGAGCGCAGUGGUUUAAUCUACUUGACAAACCACAUAGGUCCCCAUGCAAGAAAUGGCAUCUCUAUAAAAGAAGAAAACAGGCAGUAUGAUGUCUUGAGGGCAGGUACUGACAAUUCCCAGGAUGCUUUCAAAGUGAUCAGCAGCAAUGGGGAGCAAGUGAAAGUUUACAAGUGCGAACACUGUCGAGUCCUUUUCUUGGAUCAUGUGAUGUAUACGAUCCAUAUGGGUUGCCAUGGGUUCCGUGAUCCUUUUGAAUGCAAUAUGUGUGGCUACCAUAGCCAGGACAGGUACGAAUUCUCUUCCCACAUAACUCGAGGGGAGCACCGUUUCCACAUGAGUUAAAAUUCCUCCGGCACAGAUCUAGCCUCAACAGCUGCGUUACUGGAGCUGCACGAGCCACGACAGCAGCAAAGCACGAGUCAGCUGGACUGUAAAAGUGAUGAAAGAAUCAGAAGUUCAUCUAUCUUCUCCCACAAGAAAAGUUUUCCUUUUGGUAGCAUGCAUUGCAUCUCAGUUUUCUAAAAUGAGUACUAAAGUUUUUACUGAAAAUGUUUGAUCACCAAAAACCUUUAGUAAUUUAAAUAGGAGCUUUUGUAGUCACAUAGCUGAAAGCCCUUCCCUUAACUGAUGCUUCUUGCAAACCUCCCUUGCCAAAAGUGUUAACCAUGUGCAGGAUGCACUAUGCCAACAAGGACAUAACAGGCAGGAGUGGCCAAGCUUUCUCACUUAACACCCUGAGCGUAGGUCUCUUACACCAGAUAUAUGUUUUUUUGACUUCCUGGUAUUUUUUGACUCCUUUUGGAAGAUUAAACUCAACUAAAGAUGGAGGUGCCCAUCUCAGAUGACUUCACAGACAGCUGGGGUGGGAUGGAACCCUGCAGCCAGAGUUCUGAGUUGCUUUGGUGGUAAAUGUAGAAUGUUUCCACCUGCAAGGGUGCUGCCUUGUUUGUGUCACUGGGCAGGCAAGCAGGUAUGUGAAAGAUAGAAGUAACACCCUUGUAAUAUACUCUGUGAAGUAUGAACUGCAUUUAAUGUAUAGAAAAAGGGUAUUGUUGGCUCUUCUUUGAAUAAAUGUUUUCUCUCCCUACCCAAUAAAACCCCACUUUUCGUUAGAGCAGCCCCUCUUCUCUCUGCAUAAACAAGUUACAAUGUAUUUAAUUGUUCUUUCUUUUUUAAGUUUUAGUUAUUUAGGAAAGUAUGAUGUACAGUUGAGAAAAGCACUAGGUAGAAAUAUGUGUGGGGAAAGUCUCCUUAUGCACAUUUUUCAUCUUUUUUUAAAUGCCUGAAAAAGAUCCAAAUGUCCCUCUGUCACAUAUAAAAAAACCCUAUUUUGCUUGCACAGAUGUCCUCUUGCAGAUACUGCGGCCCCACUCCUAAGUGUUGCACUUAAUUAUUUUUUAAAGCACUGACCUGAAUUAAAUCAGCCGGUCAAAAUUUGUAGCCUUCUCCUUACUUCCCUGCACUCGCUGUUUAAUGAAGGACCAAGCCCCGCAAAAGUGCUGAGAACCCUGGCUUCCUAUUCAACAAAUCAUUUCACCAUGUGCUUUAAGUUACUUUUACCUCAGUGGAACUAAUCUUAAGGUUAAAUAAAAACAGUGUUUUGCUGAAUGGCGACCAGAGACUGCAGCACUUGUAGAGUGUAGUCAAGUCCACCACUCCAUGGUGGGUUCUGCUACAGGUACUGUAACUUCAGUUAGAACAAAAAUUUCUAACUUUAAGAAGACAAGAUUUUAACCCCAAGCACAGUUGAUACAAAAAAUACCUUUUUAAAAGGCUUUUACUUAACUUCCUCUUCCAAAUAGUUCAUUCCUUUCCCUGAGCACCCUCAUACUUUAAGACUGGACAAAAAAGAAAUUUUUGCAGCUGCCUAAAAAUCUGUCAUUUGGUGCUGCAAUAGUUCCUGAGCAACACACAUAAAAAUAACCCAUCUUAUUAACUUAGUCUAGAAAUACUUCCACUCUGCUUAAUAACUGGAUAUUCCACAAUAAACACAACUGUAUAACCAACAAGACCAGCAGUCUUGUUAUACAGGUACAUGUUCUCUGUUCACAAGUGCAUCCAAACACCUAUAUUUAUUAUAAAAGAACGAAUUGUUGGAACCAUGAAUGCUUGUACCCCAGCCAGUUUGGCCUGAUAUGUGUAACUAUAUUUGAUAUACAUUUCCUAUAUAUACAAACUAUUACAGGCACACAGAGCUCCUUCUUCUGCUUUCACUUUUGCAGGUGUAAGUCAGGGGCAACAACACUGAAGUUAGAGGAAAGAUACUGAUUAAAUAAUGAAUUACAAAUACAUGCUUUUACAGUCUCAUGUCUCAGCUUCUCAUGCCAACUAAGACAUUUACCUCAAAUGGCACAUGGGCACAGAAGUGUUUUUACACUGAAAAGCGCAUGUGUGCAUGCCUAUCUCAUAGCUUUGUCAUCAGAUGUGAAACUCUCUGUAUGAGCAUCUGUAGACUGAUGCACGUACCCACAACGGUGGAAGCAAAUUAGUAGCAUAUUAGGUAGGCUGGUACGUGCAGGAUGACCAGUGACCCCCCCCCCCCCCCCCCAAACGAGUAGUGUAAACUACAGGCCCAAAGGUUGUCCCCUCUACUCCUGUAUUAUAACUCAGUUGCCUUAUGUGAUGCUAUUGCUUAUCUCCUUCCAGCCUGAGACACUGUGCAGGGGGUGGGCAUAGGAAUUUGUGCCCCAGCUAUGGUUUUAUCAUCAAUGCCUGCUACACAUUCAGCUUCAAGGCAGACUGUACCUGGUAAUGAGGUAUUACCAAAUAUUUUGUAUAAGAAUGACCUGAAGAGGACCUUCAAGGGGGGGAGCUAACAGUGAUGAGUCCUCUUUAUUCUAUUUUAUUUUUAAUAAAGUUGAAAUGGGUUUAUUGUUUCAUAGCUGGUAGGGUACAGUCAACUGUUCUUACCUCUCUCCACUUUUGAUUGAUACCAACCAACAAGAGACUGAGCAAUUUCCCAGUCCUGCUGCAAUGUCCCAUCUGAAGCCAGAUGUAGGCUGUACACAAAUAUUCCACUUCUUUUGCUCUUACACCUCUUUCCUACUGUUCUUAGAUUUAGGUCAUGGUAUACCCCAUGCCAUAAUAUUUUUAACCAUUUUAAGACACCCAAGCUAUAAAGGGGAGGGGACAGAAGAUUACUCAGGUGGUUUUGUUUUUUUUCUUUUACUAAAAUCCAACACAAAUAAAGCCACGUUCAUUAACCGUGUAUGCAAGCAUAGCUCCAGUGCAGUUUCAGGCUGCCUUGAACUUAGCUGUUAACUGUGAUUUCUGAUCACCGGGUAUGUUCACUGCCUUCACAACAUCUUUGUGCACACACACACAUAUAGAGGUUUCUGUGUCACUUUUCUUGUCAACAUGUACAUGCCCUAUCUGUGGUUUUGUGUAUCAUCAUUAAUAUUUUAUAUACAAAUGUAUAUAUACAUCUAAAAUGGUUCAUAUGACAUGAUAAUGCAGUGUCAAUCACAGUGGGUUUGUUUUCUGCGUCUGGAGUUUUCUUAUUUAUGCUAUAACAGAAUAUGUUGAUGUUGUAUAUUAAACAGUACAGUAGUAUAAGUAAUUAUAUUAAGACAGUGUAUCAGAGGACGUAGUCUAAAGGCAGGAGCAAACAGCACUCUGUUCAUGAAGGGGCAUUUAUAGUUUUGCCUUUUUUGUUGUUUUUGGGGGGAAGGGUUUGCUUUUCUUUUUUUGCACAAAAUCAUCUUCAAUUUCUUUAGCAACAAGUGUUUCAACAAUUUUAUUUAUGACCAUAUGUAAGGCAUGAAAAUAGAUGUUUUGUGUGUGUGUACAUCGAAACAAACUGUGCUCUCAGAAAACUAGUUUAGCGUAAUCUCCCUUUUUCUCUGUUUUUCUUGCUAUGGUGCAAUACCCUGAUAUGAUUUAGCUGAACCCUUAAAUGAGUAAAUAUGGUGAAUGGCUUUAAGUUUAUCUCUGUUUUAAAAAAGUAAAAAGUACCUGCUUCCCAGCCCUUCCCGAGACACUGCCUUUUCUAAUAGAAGAGUUGUAUUUACACAUUUCUCUUCUUUUUUUGCUGUGAUUUUAUAUUGUAACUUCAUUUUUCUUUGGGAGCAUUGUAUUUAAAAAAAAAAAAAGAAAAGAGAAAAUUUCAUAAAAUUUGGAAAUGUUAUUAAAUUAUGCCUGCAAACUGAGGUGUA